CUAACCGUUAUGCAGUCGUUCGUUUUGUUCGUCGUGGCUUUGUUAGCCGUCGCCAGGGCGGAAGCAGAGUACUGUCCAGCUCCCUUCGUCACAGUUGGCAAAGGGUGUUACUGGGUAUCGACCUCACCAGCCACAUGGGAGGAUGCGCGGAACGACUGCCUCUCCAGCCCGAUCGACCUCGAGACGGACCUGGCGAUGAUCACCGACUGCGAGGAGCACCACCACUUUUGGAAUUACGUCGCUUACACCCUUGGCCAGAAGGUGGACUACUGGCUGGGCGGUUACGACGUCCUUGAGGAGGGCAAAUGGCAGUGGCUGAACGGGCGUGACGUGCCCAUGGGCGUGCCCUUCUGGUACCCCGGCGAGCCGAGCGGCACCUUGGGCGAGGACUUCCUGGCAUUCACGAAGGAGGGCUUCUUCGCCGACCAAAAUGAGGACGCCCUCCUCCACUACGCCUGCCAAGUGGUGUAUCUCAAGAACGACUAGGCGGCGCGGGGGAUUUGCACCACGAAGGGAAAAGGAAAGAAAUGAAGGGGUCAAGAUGCACGAGAGAGAUACCUUAUAAUUCUCAUCUGUGAUUUGCAGGAUAUGUCAACAGCAGCGCCACAUGAAUGCAAGAUAUGUAUAAAAAUAAUAUAAUAUAUAUAUGAAUAAGAUA